AUGAUGUUAACUGUUGUUAAAGGACCUUUAUGUUAUAAUAACAUCAAGAAAGUUGAUGGUGUUCAACAUAAGACUUUUAGAAAGGCAUGUUUUGCUAUGGGUUUCCUUCAAGAUGAUAGAGAAUUUAUUGAGGCCAUUAAAGAGGCACACGUUUGGGGUUCAGGUUUGUUCUUACGAAAGUUGUUUGUGACUAUGCUUUUGUCCUCAUCCAUGAAUCGACCAGCACACGUAUGGAGAAAGUCUUGGAAGUAUUUAUCUGAUGGUAUUCUUUACGAACAACGGUUGGUGGCAAGAAAUCAAGAACAUACAUAUUCAUACUAUGCAUAUUCAUACCGGGGAGUAUUAGUAUUUGUAGGUGCAAUCUUACCUUAUUUGUCAGUUACCAUGCUGCAUUAUUUCUUGCUGUCGCUUUAUCCAAUAUACAUUCGCAAUGCAUUAAAAUAUGGAUGGAAAGCUGGUAGUUUCUGUUUAUCUGAACAGAUACGUGAACAUGCCAUAUAUUUGACACUUACCGACGAGGAACUUCAACAACUGACUUUGAUGGCUAUUGAAACACUGUUACAAAAUAACAACAAAACAUUGAAAGACUAUAAGCCAAUGCCAUAUCCGAAAGAUUAUGUUGUUUCAUUCUCGGGUAAUAGGCUUAUUUAUGAUGAGCGUCAAUAUGAUCCUAUUGCUCAACAACAGCUAUUGGCAAGGUUAUACGGUUCUCUAACAGAUGGGCAAAGAAGCAUUUAUGAAGAGAUCAUGGAAGCCGUAGAGAAACAAAGAGGCGGCGUAUUCUUUUUAUAUGGAUAUGGUGGGACCGGUUUGCAUCAUGUUCUUGCAGGUUUUGCCAUGGCCAUAGAGAGGAAGAACCGAGGAAGGAGAAGGUUGCUACAGCCUGUUGCAUCAAGUGGGAUUGCAAGUUUGUUGUUACCAGGUGGAAGAACAACUCAUUCUAGGUUUAAGAUUCCAGUCCCUACUUUAGAUUCUUCUAUUUGCAACAUUAACAAAAAAGAUGAUAUUGCUGGGCUUCUCAAAGUUACAGAUCUAAUAAUAUGGGAUGAGGCUCCUAUGGCUAACAAGUAUUGUUUUGAGGCACUUGACAAGUCAUUGAAAGAUAUUAUGAGUGGAACUACACAUGGUCAAGAUAAGAUAUUUGGAGGUAAGGUUGUUGUUUUUGGUGGUGACUUCAGGCAAAUUCUACCCGUAGUACCAAGAGGUACUAGAUCUGACAUUAUUUAUGCAACAAUCAAUUCUUCAUAUCUUUGGGAUCAUUGUAAAUUCCUAAAACUCACAAAGAACAUGCGGUUACAAAGUGGUGCAGCUACUUCUACAACAGAAGACAUUAGGGCAUUUUCUGAAUGGAUUUUACAAAUAGGUGAUGGAACAUUAUGCGAGCCCAGUGACGGUUAUGCUGAUAUUUGUAUUCCCGAUGAGUUUUUAAUUGCAAAUUUUUCAGAUCCUAUUAAAGCUAUAAGUCGUGCAAUUUUAGCAUCAACAAUUGAGGUGGUGGAUGAUAUCAACCAAUAUAUCACAGCUCUAAUUCCAGGGGAGGAGAAGGAAUAUUAUAGCAGUGAUUCUAUAGACAAAUCUGAUGCAAAUAACUUUGAUGGAUACGAGCAUGUCACACCCGAGUUUCUUCAUGCACUCAAAACAUCCGGAUUGCCAAAUCAUUCUAUCAAGUUGAAAGUUGGUGCGACCAUCAUGCUAAUGCGCAACCUAGACCAAUCUGAAGGACUGUGCAAUGGGACACGACUAACGGUGACUAGGCUUGCUAACCAUGUCAUUGAAGCUAAAAUCAUUUCUGGUAAAAAUGUUGGUAACAUCAUUUAUAUUCCAAGAAUGUCUUUAUCUCCUUCCCAAUCACCAUGGCCAUUUAAAUUGGUGAGAAGACAAUUUCCAAUAAUUGUCUCAUUUGCAAUGACAAUAAACAAGUCUCAAGGACAAUCUCUUGACCAUGUUAGGUUAUAUUUACCAAAAGAAGUUUUUAGCCAUGGUCAAUUGUAUGUGGUUAUCUCUAGAGUUAAAUCAAAAAAGGGUCUUAGGAUUCUUAUUCAUGACAAAGAUAAAGAAGCUUUGACUAUUACCACCAAUGUUGUGUUCAAGGAAGUAUUCCAAAACAUUAAUUAG